CUGGAGAGGGAAGAGGAGAGAUGUGGAGGAAGGUACUUGGGGUGAGAGGAGCUGAGCCUGGGAGUGGAGGGAGAAACAGAGAGGGGGAGGAGGACUGCUGAUUUCCACUUGUAAAACUGGCAAGUUUUGAUUUGAACUUUUGGGAAAACUGAGUUUCCAUUCUUUGCAUUGAAAAUCAGAGCUUUAAGAUUUCCAACGAAACCUGCCCACUUAACGUGAAUCAGUUCCCCUCUGUGGGGCACUGUAAGGAAACUAGCUAUUAAGACAAGGCUCUCUGAGAAGUGGAAAUGAUUUGGUGCCUUCAUCCCCAAAAGAAAAAAGAGUUUGAUGUGGAUACUCUCAGUAAAUCCGAGCUGCGGAUGCUCCUCAGCGUGAUGGAAGGGGAGCUGGAGGCCAGAGACCUCGUCAUCGAGGCCCUGCGGGCUCGCAGGAAGGAGGUAUUUAUCCAGGAACGGUAUGGGAGAUUUAAUCUAAAUGACCCGUUCUUGGCGCUCCAGAGAGACUAUGAAGCAGGUGCUGGUGACAAAGAGAAGAAGCCAGUUUGUACCAACCCCCUCUCCAUCCUGGAAGCAGUCAUGGCCCACUGCAGGAAAAUGCAAGAAAGGAUGUCCGCACAGCUGGCUGCUGCUGAGAGCAGACAAAAGAAGCUGGAAAUGGAAAAGCUUCAGCUACAAGCCCUAGAGCAAGAACACAAGAAGCUGGCCACCCGCCUUGAGGAAGAACGCGGCAAGAACAAGCAGGUGGUCCUGAUGCUCGUCAAAGAGUGCAAGCAGCUCUCAGGCAAGGUCAUAGAGGAGGCCCAGAAGCUCGAAGACAUAAUGGCCAAACUGGAAGAGGAAAAGAAAAAGACAGAUGAAUUGGAAGAGGAACUCUCUGCUGAGAAACGAAGAAGCACAGAAAUGGAAGCUCAGAUGGAAAAACAACUCUCUGAGUUUGACACCGAGCGGGAACAGCUUCGUGCCAAGCUGAACCGAGAAGAAGCACACACCACUGACCUCAAAGAGGAGAUAGACAAGAUGAAGAAAAUGAUUGAGCAACUGAAAAGGGGAAGUGACAGCAAACCAAGCCUCUCUCUUCCACGGAAGACAAAAGAUAGGCGUUUGGUUUCCAUAUCUGUGGGAACAGAAGGAACUGUGAUGAGGUCUGUUGCUUGCCAGACAGACCUAGUGACAGAAAGUGCUGACCACGUGAAGAAGUUGCCUUUAACCAUGCCAGUAAAACCUUCCACAGGGAGCCCCGUAGCUUCUGCAAAUGCAAAAGGAAGUGUGUGCGCCAGUGCCACAAUGGCCAGACCAGGAAUUGACAGGCAGGCUUCCCAUGGUGACUUGAUGAGUGUUUCUGUACCGGCUUUCCCACCUUCAAGUGCAAACAGAAUUGAGGAAAAUGGACCAAGCACUGGCUCAACACCAGAUCCAACCAGUAGCAUACCCCCACUUCUGAGUAACGCUGCCCCUACCACUGCUCAAACACCAGGCGUAACUCCUCAGAACUCGCAAGCUCCACCUAUGCACAGUUUACAUUCACCAUGUGCCAACGCCUCUUUGCAUCCAGGUCUAAACCCACGAAUCCAAGCAGCUAGAUUUAGAUUUCAGGGCAAUGCUAAUGACCCAGACCAAAAUGGAAAUACUACCCAAAGUCCUCCGUCAAGAGAUGUCUCGCCUACAAGUCGUGACAACCUAGUGGCCAAACAACUGGCUCGGAAUACUGUGACCCAAGCACUGUCAAGAUUUACAGGACCUCAAGCAGGUGCUCCCCAAAGGCCUGGAGCACCCCCAACAGGGGAUGUCGGCACCCACCCUUCAGUCGGUCGGACCAGUGUAAAGACUCAUGGCGUAGCACGAGUUGACAGAGGAAAUCCUCCUCCUAUCCCUCCAAAAAAGCCAGGGCUAUCCCAAACGCCUUCUCCACCACACCCCCAACUCAAGGUUAUUAUAGAUAGCAGCAGGGCCUCGAACACAGGGGCCAAAGGUGAUAACAAAACUGUGGCUUCACCUCCUUCCAGUUUGCCACAAGGGAACAGGGUGAUCAAUGAGGAGAACCUUCCUAAGUCAUCCUCCCCUCAGCUGCCACCAAAACCAUCCAUAGAUAUAACUGUGGCACCUGCAGGCUGUGCCAUUUCAGCCCUGGCCACGUCUCAGGUGGGUGCCUGGCCUGCUGCAACCCCCGGACUGAACCAACCUGCAUGUUCAGACAGUUCCCUUGUCAUUCCUACCACCAUUGCCUUUUGCUGUUCCAUAAACCCCGUUAGUGCCUCAUCCUGUAGACCAGGUGCCUCAGACAGCCUCCUGGUAACAGCAUCAGGCUGGUCACCCUCCCUAACCCCUUUGCUAAUGAGUGGUGGUCCUGCCCCCCUGGCUGGCAGGCCCACCCUUCUUCAGCAAGCUGCUGCCCAGGGAAAUGUCACUUUAUUAUCAAUGCUGCUUAAUGAAGAAGGACUGGACAUUAAUUACUCCUGUGAAGAUGGCCAUUCUGCCUUGUAUUCUGCUGCUAAGAAUGGACAUACAGACUGUGUGAGAUUGCUGCUGAGUGCAGAAGCCCAAGUCAAUGCUGCUGAUAAAAAUGGCUUCACACCCUUGUGUGCUGCAGCUGCUCAGGGACAUUUCGAGUGUGUAGAAUUAUUAAUUACAUAUGAUGCUAAUAUUAAUCAUGCUGCUGAUGGAGGACAGACCCCUCUAUACCUGGCCUGUAAAAAUGGAAAUAAAGAAUGUAUUAAACUCUUGUUGGAAGCUGGAACCGAUCGAAGUGUGAAAACCACAGAUGGCUGGACACCAGUUCACGCAGCUGUGGACACUGGUAAUGUGGACAGCCUCAAGCUUCUUAUGUACCACAGAGUACCAGCUCAUGGAAACUCUUUCAGUGAAGAGAAGUCCGAGUCAGGUGUCUUUGACUUGGAUGGAGAAGAAGAGAGUCCUGAAGGCAAAUCCAAGCCUAUUGUUACUGCAGACUUCAUUAACCACGCCAACAGAGAAGGCUGGACUGCUGCCCACAUUGCUGCUUCCAAAGGUUUUAAGAACUGCCUAGAAAUCCUGUGUAGGCACGGAGGGCUUGAGACGGAAAGGAGAGACAAGUGCAAUCGGACUGUGCAUGAUGUUGCCACUGAUGACUGCAAGCAUUUGCUGGAGAAUCUGAAUGCUCUUAAAAUACCCUUAAGGAUUUCAGUGGGUGAGAUUGAACCAAGCAACUAUGGUUCUGAUGACUUUGAAUGCGAAAACACAAUAUGUGCUUUAAAUAUCCGCAAACAGACAUCAUGGGAUGAUUUUUCGAAAGCAGUGAGUCAAGCUCUGACAAAUCAUUUCCAGGCAAUCUCUUCUGAUGGAUGGUGGAGUCUGGAAGACGUGACUUGUAAUAACACUACUGAUUCCAACAUUGGCCUCAGUGCAAGAAGCGUACAAUCCAUCAUGCUAGGAAAUGUGCCAUGGUCAGUGGGUCAGAGCUUUGCGCAGUCCCCGUGGGACUUUAUGAUGAAGAAUAAGGCAGAGCACAUCACUGUGCUUUUGUCAGGUCCUCAAGAAGGCUGCCUCAGUAGUGUGACUUAUGCCUCCAUGAUCCCUCUUCAGAUGAUGCAGAACUACCUCAGGCUGGUUGAGCAAUAUCAUAAUGUCAUUUUCCAUGGCCCAGAAGGAAGCUUGCAAGACUACAUAGUACAUCAGCUUGCACUCUGCCUGAAGCACAGACAAAUGGCUGCGGGAUUCUCCUGUGAAAUAGUGAGAGCUGAAGUAGAUGCUGGUUUUUCCAAGAAACAGCUACUAGACCUGUUCAUCAGUAGCGCUUGUCUGAUCCCAGUGAAACAAUCUCCUGUUAAGAAGAAAAUCAUCAUCGUUUUAGAGAAUUUGGAAAAAUCUUCAUUGUCUGAGUUAUUGAGGGACUUUCUGGCACCUCUUGAAAAUCGCAGCACUGAAAGUCCCUGCACUUUCCAAAAAGGAAAUGGAAUGUCUGAGUGUUAUUACUUUCAUGAGAACUGCUUUCUGAUGGGAACCAUCGCCAAGGCCCGUCUCCAGGGCUCUGACUUGCUGGUGCAACAGCAUUUCCGCUGGGUGCAGCUGCGGUGGGAUGGUGAGCCCAUGCAAGGACUGCUGCAGAGGUUCUUACGAAGGAAAGUUGUGAAUAAGUUCAGAGGUCAGAUGCCUCCACCCUGCGAUCCUGUGUGCAAGAUUGUCGACUGGGCUCUGUCUGUCUGGCGUCAGCUUAACUCCUGCCUGGCCCGCUUGGGCACACCUGAAGCACUUCUUGGACCAAAGUAUUUCCUGUCUUGUCCUGUAGUCCCUGGACAUGCCCAAGUGACAGUGAAAUGGAUGUCUAAGCUGUGGAAUGGCGUCAUCACACCCAGAGUUCAAGAAGCAAUAUUGUCAAGAGCUUCUGUGAAAAGACAACCUGGCUUUGGGCAGACAACUGCUAAAAGACACCCUAGCCAAGGACAGCAGGCUGUGGUCAAAGCUGCUCUCAGCAUCUUGCUGAACAAAGCUGUACUGCAUGGCUGUCCCCUCCCUAGAGCAGAGCUAGAACAGCAUAGAGCUGAUUUCAAAGGAGGAAGUUUCCCUUUAUCCAUAGUUUCCAGUUAUAACAGUUGUAGCAAGAAGAAAGGAGAGAGUGGUGCCUGGAGAAAGGUGAACACCAGUCCUCGCAGGAAGUCCGGCCGCUUCUCUUUACCCACCUGGAAUAAGCCAGACCUAAGCACUGAAGGAAUAAAAAAUAAGACCCUAUCACAGCUGAAUUGUAACAGGAAUGCUUCUCUGUCAAAACAAAAGUCUUUAGAGAAUGAUGUAUCACUGACUUUGAAUUUGGAUCAGAGACUCUCUCUGGGUUCAGAUGAUGAAGCAGAUCUUGUCAAGGAACUUCAGAGCAUGUGCUCCAGCAAGUCUGAGUCUGAUAUCAGCAAGAUUGCUGAUUCCAGGGAUGAUUUAAGGAUGUUUCAUAGUUCUGGAAACAACCCUGUAUUUUCAGCAACUAUUAAUAACCUGAGAAUGCCAGUGUCACAAAAGGAAGUCUGUCCUCUCAGCAGCCAUCAAACUACUGAAUGCAGCAACAGUAAAUCAAAGACUGAGUUGGGUGCUUCAAGAGUUAAAUCUUUUCUUCCUGUUCCUAGAAGUAAAGUCACCCAGUGUUCCCAGAACACCAAAAGAAGCAGCAGCAGCAGUAAUACAAGGCAAAUAGAAAUCAACAACAACUCAAAAGAAGAGAAUUGGAACUUACACAAAAAUGAACACCUAGAAAAACCUAACAAAUAGGCCUGCCUACAAUAUUCUCACUAUUAACUUCCUCUAUUUCACACAGAAACCAAGGACAACAAGAUAUAAAUACCUUUAAAUGAAUAAAAUGUUUUCACUGUAAUAUAAAUUAUGAGUGCAGGACCACUAUUCAAUUUUUUUGUAAAGAAUGUAUUUAUAACCAACAUUUUGUUGCUUUUUUUUUUUUUAAUUCUGUAGGAUUGAACUUCAAUACCAAGAAGUUAUGCCAACUUUUCAAGUAGUUUUAUAAUAGAAAAAUUGUAAUAGUUUUAAUCAAGAUGUUCAGGGGUAUUAAAACAGAACUGUCUGUGUACUGUAUAUCUGUAUAUAUGAUGUACAUAUGUAUAUUUAAGGAAGUCCACAAAUCAUAUUGCAUACAUGCUACAAAAUGCAUAUAUAACUUUGGCUUAGAUAACAUUUGCCAUUUUAAAUGGUGAUCAUAAUUUUAUGUUCACUUGAUGGGGAAUGACUAGAAUGGGGCAAUAACAAAUCAUUUCUAAACAGUUAUUUUCCAUUAAAAGCCAUAUUAAGUAUUUUGCCUGUUAAAUUCUAAUUUUAUGUUUUAAAUCUUUUAGUGGCUACAUUGCCAUUUCGUAGCAUCAUGUAUAUAUUUAUGCUUAUGAGUUUGCAUUAUGACUCCUGUAAAAUAUGAAAUUAUAAUGCAAUAAAAGUGUUAUCUUUCUUACAAAAGUUUUAUACCUAAGUGGAUAUAAAUUACAUAAAUGCUUCAAUAAAUUAAUUCAGAAUUAAUUCCUUCAAUAUUAUUUCCAGAACUGAUAAAAUUGAUAAUAUUUUCUAGAAAUGUUACUUCUAAAAUUACAAAAUUACUUAUACAACUCAGUUAAGAUGCUUUGACACUAAAUAAAAUGUUGAUUU